UCCUCCAUCUUUCUUCUCCUCGCAUCACAACAAAGCCCACCUUAUUACACACACUCACUCUCUCUCUCUAACACAGAGCUUGCUAAAGCUGCAAUUCCUAGCUCUUAGGGUUUCUUUUCCUCUCCUCUCCUCUCCUCUCCUCUCCAAACAGGCUGGAACUUUCUUAAUCCUUACACACGUUUCCACAUUUCACCUCCUUUGUCGUCCCUUUCUGUUCUACCUUCAAAGCAAAUCCAUAACCAACCGAUUCAUGGCCAAAACUAAACCAGGCAAAAAAGACCUCGAUUCUUACACUAUCAAAGGCACCAACAAAAUUGUUCGACCUGGGGACUGUGUGUUAAUGCGUCCUUCGGACUCAGAUAAGCCUCCUUAUGUUGCUCGUGUUGAGAAAAUUGAGGCUGAUCAUCGCAACAACGUCAAAGUCCGUGUCCGGUGGUAUUAUCGGCCAGAGGAGUCAAUCGGUGGUCGCCGCCAAUUCCAUGGUGCAAAAGAGCUCUUUCUAUCGGACCAUUAUGACGUGCAAAGUGCACACACAAUUGAAGGCAAGUGCACUGUGCACUCCUUCAAGAACUAUACUAAGCUUGAAAAUGUUGGAGCUGAGGAUUACUUUUGUAGGUUUGAAUACAAGGCUGCCACUGGUGGUUUCACCCCUGACCGUGUAGCCGUUUACUGUAAAUGUGAGAUGCCAUACAAUCCAGAUGAUCUAAUGGUGCAGUGUGAGGGUUGCAAGGAUUGGUUUCAUCCUUCUUGUAUGGGUAUGACUAUUGAAGAAGCCAAAAAGUUGGAUCACUUUCUGUGUUCUGACUGUUCUUCUGAUGAGGAUGCAAAAAGAUCUUUGAAUGCAUUCCCAGUAUCACCAUCUGUUGAGGCCAAGGUUCCUAAGAAGCAUGCUAGCUGAUGCUACUUGCUGAGCAACUAAAUCUAUGUGGGUCUAUUGGAGGGACAGAUCUACAGUGGGGGCAGCUGCCCCCGCCUGGUCUUUUACAUGUGGAGACAAAGCGAAGGAAGAGAUAACUGCUAAUUAAAUGUCAUGGGGGAGGUUAUUUUCUUGCACAUUAGGCCUCAGUAUGUUGUUCCUUUGCUUCUGUUGAUUGUACAGUGCUGAGAAGAUGUUAAGCUUUGCCCACAAACAAGAAGGCCUUUUUUUUUUUUUUUUUUUUAUUUUAUUAUUAUUUAUCAUUUUCUAGUGUUGUAUGUGUGACUGGACUUAGAAGCUGGGUAUUUGUACCCAGUAAUGCCCUCAUGAGUACUGUGCCAAAAAUUGCACUUUAUUAUUUAUGUGCCCAUGAUGACAAUCAAACUGAAUAUCUAGAAAUCCUUCAGAUUUGUUGUGAUAUUGCUGUAA